AUAGUUUCCCUUCUAGCUUGAAGCCCGUCGGAAAAACGCUACGGGCAACGUACAGCCACUACGGCUACGGGUGUUACGGCCUGCUACCUGCUUCGACUGUAUUGUGUGCUAGGGCGUACUAGGUUACGUGAAGGUGGUUACGCACAACGUUGCAGAGGCGCAUACCUAGAUAUUCCAUAAGUAUUUCGUUCCAGUCGAAGUUGCAAAGCCCGCAUGAGGGAUGGUCUUUACCUGCUUGAUGUAACUAGAAGGACCUGUUAUGUCUGAAAACACAGAUUUGAAGUCUGAGUUAUCGCCUGAGGGUGAUGCUCAGGCAGCACCACAUGCACCCACGAGAGAGUCCUCCCAGCCUAGUGAUGCCCCCAAGAGCUCCUGGGUCAAGUUUGAUGAUGAUGGUUCUGCGGCAGCCACAAUUGAACCUUCACAGACACAGACCGUCGAGCCUCCAUUGCCUGUUAAAAUGGAUGCUCUGCUCAAGAAAGUGCCUUCUCCUGCCGAGUUACGGACAGACUUGGGACCCUUGGCACCACCCAGGCCUCCAGCUGCUGCCAGCUUCUCUGUACCCCCUGUAGCUGUCUGCCCUCCUGCACCAGCUAGGCUCAAGCCCCGGGCAUCGGCUGAGCCACAGGCUGUUAGCAACCACAUAGCACCCACAACUACACACAGGCUGGAAUCAGUUGCUGUGCCCCUCAGCGAGCGCCUGGCUACCCGAACUUCAUCUGCCACUGGCUUUAAUAAUGGUGAUAUCAUUGUGAAUGCCCUACCAACUAACAGGCGUUGUGCAUGGAUCACCAAAGCAGAGUUCAAGCCUGAGCUGGUGCCAGAAGAGCUGAUGGCCACUGGUCUUACGCUGACUGUGGAGGAGUAUGUGGCAGCCAUGCAAGUUCUUGUGCACGAUGUGCGCUUCACCCUCUACAACGUGUGCUACAAGAGGCUCUUGCUGGUCUGGGUGCUUCUGGGUUUCUUCAUUCUUCUCUGCCUGCUCUUCUCUGGUGUUCGAGGCCUCGCCCUCUUUGGCGGUGGUGUUGUCUGGCUCGUGGUCAACGCCCUGGGCAUCUUCGUCUGUAUGUGGCUUAAAUUUAAGUUGCUGCACAUGCUCGAGCGGUGUAUUGCCAGCAUCAACAGUCUCUUCUUCCGUCACAAGAUAUUGCUUGGCCUUGAUGACCGUGGAAAGAUUUCAUGUCACAAAGUUCACCUCAUAUUCGUCUAUUUUGAUGUUAGCCAAUGCAUUAGGUAUCUAUACGAGAUGCUGGAAAACCAAGACCGUCAAGAUGCCCUUGAUGCAAGAGCCGCAGGGGACACCACCAACUCGGGCAGAAAUGGGGCAGCACUAUAUCCAGUUGAUCGGACGCGAAUGGACAUUGACAUGUCAGACAUCAUCAUUACAGGAGGCAGCUCUACGACUCGCAUCUCGCAGAGAGAGAAGUAUGCUGAAAAGCUUCUCCUCCGCUACAGCCAACGGUGGGUGAAAGAAUUUGUCAGAAAACGACUAGACCUCAACAUGCCAGUGCAUCCCGAUGGUUUUGAGGAUGGCCCUUGCCCUCCAGCUCCACCUCGCCAUUGUGCCCUGGCACGCUGUCCCUGCCAGUUCAUUGAAGAGCACCUACGUUUUAAGCCCCUCACUAAGUGCAGUCUCUCAGAACUCUGUUUUUAACCUUCUUUUUGCAGCUUUUCUUGUAUGCCAGCAGCAUCAUCAAGGUCUUCUUUAAGCCCCAUCAAUCAAGUAUGGCAGGGUCAUCGAACAAAGGGAUCUGUAAUGUGUUGCCGAACAGCAUGUUCAGGCAGGUUGUGAGGGGAAAAUAGUAGACAGAAGUGCACAAAGCGUAUCAGAAAGAUGAGCAGUUUGUUGGCAGCUGCACUCAAUUUGUUAUGGUUGUGACUACUUUGGCAUGUGCUUCUUUGGCAUGUGCUUUUGGAGAGCAACAGUAAGUUUACUGAAGAAAGGCAAGUUUCUGAAAAAUGUCAGGCAGCAGUUUAAACUUCGCACAUACUAAAAGUGUUGCAUUGUACUUAAUCCUUAUGGUUUGAUUUGGUGUAACCUGUCAAGCCAGGGUACCUUUGUUCUAAAGUGGAAAUCAAGAACAACUUAGAAUUAAGUACAACCUUGAAGAAUGUCAUCUUUCAUAGGAAGUAGUACAUGUGAUCUGCCUGACCUGAGUGAGUUGUCAGCACUUCAUCGCAUUUUAAAAGCAUCAAAGAUGGCCUGCUGAGGGUAUCGUGCUGCAUUUUUUUACAUCCACAUUUUAUCUAAACGCCAGGACGUAGUAGUAUAAUUCUUGUCAUGUGUGACAUUUCCAGUUUGUUAAUUCCAGCUGGCAGCUUUGUUGGAAAGUCCAACACGUGUUUAUUUUGCGAGUCAUUUUGCAUUGGCAUUGUAUAUUACUCUGCGCAGUUAUGUGGUUUUUGCUAAUUGCUGUUAGCAUGGCUGUUGAAAAAUUGGCCUAAUGUGUACAGCAACUUCUGCAAUAUUUCUGAUGAAGUGCCAUGAUAAGGUUACUUGCAUUUUAGGCUGUGGUAUGACAUCACAGUUUGUCAGUACACUUACCACUUUAUGACAAGCCAAAUUGUCAUUCAUUAUUGGCCAUUUUUUGGUCCAUGACAAGUGCUCUUCUUCAUGUAUACUUUGGUGCCGUCUGCAUGGUUUAAAAUGCUGAGGUCAGUAUGUCAAACAUAGCUUCUCACUUGGGUGAGUUUUAAACUAUAUUAAAAUUUACCUAUUUUACUGUCAUUUUUGGCAUGAAAUCAAACUGUUAAAAGGUUAACAGUGAUGCCAGCAUGAUCAAUCCACUUAGAGUGGACUAAUUGUGUGCAGUCAACAUAACUAUGUCCCAGUUGUAGCAUUUCUGGUCGAUGCAUGUGAGCCGUGCAGAAUUACUACAAACAUUUCUUUUGACUGUGCAUUUUUUUUAUAGUGCCAAUGGCUCCACAUCUUGAGAAAAGAAAGUCUGCUCUUGAGUUAUGCCAUUCGUGUAGCACCCUCUGAGAUAAGUUGUUUCUGAGAUAGUCUGUACUUUAACUUUGUUGAAGAUGGCAGCUUCCUUUGCUGGCAGCACACAUGGUGUAUGUAUAAGUAAAGACCAGACAGAGCAGAUUUCAGCUAGCCUGUCUUGUGACAGCAGUGACUGGCUGUGUAGAUCAAGCUGAAAAUUUCACAAAUGAAUAUGCCAAAUCUGAAUUUAAUCUUGUGAAAAAUGGCGCUUGGGUGGUUCUGCUAUUUAAUGGUCUUAGAUAUUUUCCAUGGCUUCAUUUUAAAAAAUAAUGCAACUCCCUGCCUCUGACUGACUGUAAAUUGCAUUCUGCACAUGGUGGUUUGGGAAAACUGUAUUAUAUCUUCGUAUGUUCAAGAGCAGUCUAAAUGCAUUUUUAAUGCUUGCUAUAUUUGUCACCAUCAUAUGCUACUAAUAGCUUUGGCAGGCUACUACAAGUGAAGAUGAGCACAAAUGCUUGUACUCUUGCUCUUCUUUUGCAGUUAAAUGAAGCGCUGUUAUAGUAUCAUUUUUAAGUAUGCAAAUAGUAUGUUUUGUUAAACCAUUUUUUGUGUUCCUUUGUAUUUAACAAAAAGUAUAUAUUUUGAAAUAUUCCUUAUUAACACACCAUGGUAAUCUCAAGUCAAAUGUACUUUAUGAUGGCCGUUCAAAGGUGGCAUUGGUUGCCUUAUUUACUUGGUCAGUCAAACAUUUAAAGAUUAGUGCAGUUAAAACUGGCAAGUGUGUGUUUAAGGGCAUGGGAUCUGGAUUGGUUGAGUUAAAAAUUCUCUUCCUCAUAGUAAGAGGAGUGGUUGUUCAAUUGGCAUUGCACAUAUCAUAAUUUAUAGUUGAGGCACCACGAGGCACCUUGGCACUUUGGCCAGGCUUUUCCUAUAGCCACUGUUCAUUCAAAUAUUAAAGUGAAGUAGCUGCCAGCAAAAAGGCGAAAUAUGAGAAAAUUUUUUAAUUAAAUAGAAAAAAAAAUAAUUUCAGCAAUUGUAAUAAUCCACAUGUGAAUGUUUCCUCAAGCAUUAUACUAGUAGUCAUUGAAGGAAUACUAAAGGCAAACAUUCAAGGGGCACAAUAGUGAAUUUCAGUUCUGAAUGUAUGUUGCAGGCUAUUUAGUAUAAAUUACUAUACCAUGUGUCUCUGGGUUCCAGUUUAUAAAACUUGUUAACAGAGAAGGCACAUAACGACUUCAUCAGCACUUGCUUGAACACCAGUGUGCCAUGAGUUAACAAAUGCGUGUUAUUGGCCGAUACCCUCAUGCAUUUAUUGACUGCUAAAGACCCUGAGAUUGUGCUUUAAUGUUUUUUUUUUUUAAAGCAUACCUGCAUCAUUAUCUGUAUGCAUAAUACUUGAGAAAUACAAGAAGUCGUACCUCUAGUCGUCUCAAGUAUUACCGAUCAGCAGCUUCACGUGGAAUUUGAGUACUAGCUCUUGUGGUGUAUAAUUCGAACCUUAGAACACAUCUCCAGUUCACCUGCUGGUAGGCAAGUUCAAAAACAUGUUCUCCGCAUAGCAAGAAGCCAGGGACAACAGUGAAAAGGGUCGCACACUGGAGCCUGCAUUCAUGCACACUGGAAUAUCUAGGGCUGGCCUCCUUUGUGCAUUGAAGAGAGAGUUCAUUCUGGAGGGAAACACAAAUUCUGAAUACACAGCAGCAUCUUGUGUUCAGUGCAACUCAAGCUUGAAAGUGCUAGCAAUUCUUGAUGUGCAAGUGUAGUUUGUGCAAUGCUAGCAAAGUCAAAAGUCAUCACACAGCUCUGGUAGUACCUACUUGUUAUAAAUGCCACCAGUACCUCACUCGCAGUUGGUCACAAUGUCAUUGGGAGUGUGGGCAAUAAAAAGACACUUUUUCAACCUGCAUUUUUAAUGCGAUAGCAAAAAAAAGGGGGGGGGGGAUAGCAACAACUAGAUUCUCCAAACUAUUGUGGAGUAUGGUGUCUUCUGCAGGCACUUCCGAUUCGAGAUGCCGUGCUGCCAUAUACGCGCUACGGUUUGUGCCAAUGCUUUCUGCAUGCUCUGUCGGCACUCGCAAUUUCUUUUCUCGCAAAUUUAUAGCAUUACAUCUUGCGUGCUGUGUAGCUUAGCUGAAUAACCAAUGUAAUCGCCGCUGCACAGUUCCGAAAGGUGCGAGAUAUCAUUACUUCAUUCAAGUGUCAUAUACCAUAUUUUCCGGUCUAUAAGUCGCACCUUUGUAUAAGUCGCACCCCCCUCAAAACUGCAGUUUCUCAGAAAAAAAAAUAAAAUGAAUAUAAGUCACACUGGUGUAUAAGAUGCACCUGUUCAUUCGGUAUGCGACUUAAAAAAAAUACAGCGACAUCUCACUUCGUGAACGCGGGUGAUGUGCAAGCGUAUAGGUGCCAUUCCUAUACAAUUCCGAUAGCAAUGAUUCAGACACUCCAGCCGCAUUUCUGCCGUCGUGGUCACCACAAUGUUCCGUAUAAAGUCCAAGGGCGAUAACAUCGUCCUCGCACACUAUAUGCUGUAUGUGUGAGUGAAAGCAUCCGGCGGUGAGCUGAAUCACGCACAAGGAAGGAGAACGGGAAGGCAGCACAGGAGGAAGGAGGGGUGGGGUGGCUUAUGCUCUGAUAGCAACUGUUAAGUUAGCGCAGCGGCGCGCGCCAUAUCUUGAAAGCGAUCUGCAGAUGCGAAGACUUCGGAGUCGGUCGACUCGCGGUCGGCCUGCCGCCGCUUGCAUUGCUGCUGUCCUCGCAAGGCGCUCGGCAAGAAGAACGAGAAGAACCCGGUACCUCCAUAGCGCACACACAACCCGUAGCAACUGCCAGAGGAGGUCAACCCAGCGCGCUUCGCGUGGCCAUAGCAUCCAAUCCAAUUUUGACAGCAGUAUUUUUUUAGAAAAAAUACGUAUAUAAGUGUUCUAUAACUUGCACCGUCGAAAAAUUAAGAAAAAAAUUUGACUAAUACAUUGGAAAAUAUGGUACACUUCUGGACUACUGCAUGUUUCACAGCGGACAGCUUGUUUCUCGCAUGCGUUUUGUGCUAUAUGAAGACGUGUUACAGACUAGUUUUGAUGUUUAGAAUUCAUUAAAGAUUCGGCAUCACUAUAAUUUUUCUGUUUGUGAAUAUACUAUGACUAUAAAUUAUGCCUCUUACUUCUUUACCUGAGUGCUCAUUCAUUAAUUCGUGGCACUCGAACUUGAUGCUGGUCUGACUCGGUACCCUUGGGCGAGCGUAGGGUCUGUACUGUUGUCAGAAGCUCUUAUCGUUAUUUGUGAACAUUUGUUCGUUGAUAACAGGCAUCAUGUGCUCGUGUACCAACUUUGGUGCUCGAAAAUAUAAAAACAAUGGCUGCUACGUUCGGAACCCGCACCUCACCGCUCCCCGUCGCUCAUUGACAGCAUCUACCUAUUUACACUUGCGCACUUCGUUCCGUAGAAUUCAAAACAUUUUCUUUCCAUUUACGGGAGAAGUCAGGCGUGCGAUAGCUGUGCAGCUGGUCAUAUUCACAUCGCAGAAGCGUACGUGUUCCUUCCCAAUUACACCGAACAUUGGGAACCUGGAGUAGUGAGAGGUAGGCCCCGUAUCGGAAGUGCCGUAGCAGACGAUGCGCUAUUUUGCUAUCCACCUAUGAUAUGUAUGCUCGAGGCAUGUUUUCACCUUCUAGGACUUCUAGGAGCCAAUAGCCAAUGACAAAUCAAAACAGAGUAGACAAACCACCAACUGCAGACACAGAUUGUGAAACGGUGAUCUUUGAAAGUUUGUUGUGACAGAAUUCAUUGACGCCUCUACUGCACAGGAGUCCUGCACUGUGCUGCUGAUCCCGAAGGUCAUAUGUUGAGAUGCAACAAAAUUAACCUACAUUAAGUGCUUCACUACUAUUUGCCAGUUAUAAAUGAGGCAUUGGAAUCUGGCACUGCAUUUGCAUAGUGGUAGCACGAAUCCUGUCCUACAUUUUGUAAUUUUCUUGCUGGAUGCUGGAGAUUUUGAAGCGCUAACCUGUCACUUUAGAUGGAUUGAAUGUUUGCCUUUUGUGUCUCUUUAAUGCUGACAAGGUAGGCUUACUACUUGCUAAGCUGAUAAUACGGUCAAGCCCACUUUUAAUGACCAUCACGGUCACUCGGACUGCGAUUGUUAUAGCCGAGUGUUCGUAAUAAGUGCGCAAUCAAGAAUGUGUUAACCAAAUGGCAGGAACGUUUAUUUUUUUUCCAAAGAAGUUUGUAAGCUUGCUUUGCUUUGUCAAUGCUGAACCAAUUAUCGUCAUUUCGAGAUUGUUCAAGGCAGCAAAGUACUCAUCACCGAGAGCUUUGCUGGAGACCAGCUGUUUCAGUGAGGCAAUGUACUCGACCACUGUUAAUGAGCUGAGAGGUGGUGGUGCCAUCGGUUCCGCAGUCUCCUCUCUCUCUUCAUCCGAUUUGCUGCUGACAAAGCCUUUCACCUUACCGAUGAAGCCCUCAUCUAAGCAUGACUCCGCAACAUCGACUUCAGGAAUCAGGAAUGCAGGAAUCUCGCACAGUUUACUUUCAAACUGCCUUCCGAACUGUCACUUCCCAACGGUUCGUAUCCGGGUUCAGGCCUGCGUGUCACGCGAGGUGAUAUUGCGCUCGAAAUUGGGAUAGCCAGCUGAUUUAAAGGGGGUGCGGAUGAUGCUUGUCGUUAUUGACUUUUUCGCACAGCACAGUUUUCAGUGGGAGCAUCAUCCUUCCUCUGCAAUGCCAUUCACGUGACGCAGGCUUGAACAUUAUCUAGGAGGUCAUGCAACACUUAGAAGCAUAUUUAACAGCAGAGAUGCAAGGAGAUCGGCGCCUACCUUAUUCGCUCUAGGCAAGCUCAGAGCCACGAUAUGUUUGCUCUGUGACGGGCUGCCAUAGACAAAUAUGAAAAUUUUGGCCAUCAUGCUAUCUUGGUUCGUAAUAACCAAGCAUUCGUUGCAACUGGGAUCGUUAAAAGUGGGCUCGACUACCUUUUAUGCCUUCAUAGAGGAGCUAUAACUAAAAAUGCAAGGAUGCAAUGGUAACGAAACACUGGGACAAAAGUUAAUUUAUAACUGCACGCUAUACACAAUUAAGAUUAGAACAAAUGACUGACUGAGAAACAAAGCUAAAACUGGCACUUUAAUGUUGUAGUAUAUUAGAGUAUUACCUGUGGCCUUACAGAUUUAUGGGUGUGAGGAAUACAUAAAAGCAAUGGCAUAAAACUGUGUACCAUGUUUGCCAUAAUUUGUUUUUGCUAGCCUUUAUUCUGGAAAAAAUAAUGCAUGACUUUUGGUGAGAAUUUUUAUGAAAAGGAAGGUACCACAACUCUAAUUUUCUAAAAAAGAACUACGAAAUCGAAGCGUACCAAAUGAUAAGGGUUAUGCGAGUGUUGCCACCUCUUAAAGGCGAUUCAGUGUGUGUGUUUUUUUAGAUUAAAGGCAAUCAGGCUCGUGUCCUUGUAUGCGUGACAUGCUACAUUAGUUGUCUAAUAAUAAGAUGUAAACUUCUUAGUGCAGUCUUUGUUUGUGAAUGGAGUGUCACCAGGUGUUUCAUUAAUAUGACAAAAUCUUGUGUAGACGUUUUAGGAAAAUUUUAUUAUGUUCCACAGCACUUCUCAGUGAACAGUAGGUCUAUGUCACUAGAGCAUAGCAAGUAGUGUACCAAAGUGUUCAUAACUUUAACCACUCUCCUCACAACUGGUGUUUAGGCCACCAAGCAACCACUGCAGGGUGAAGAUUUUAGUGAGAGUUGUACGUUGAAAAUUCGAAAAGCAUAAUUUAGUUUUGUUGUGUUUAUGGGAGCACAGCAAGCGUUGCACCAAUGUAUCUGUAAAACAGCAUCUAUUUCAAGAUGAGAAAGACAACACUUCUAGCAUGGUGGUGUGCAAAGGCCACUGUACUAUGAAGCAUGCAACCCACAAUAUGAGCUCCUUCAGGUGCCAUAUCCAUGGUUAUAGGUGCAUAAUUCAGCUCUCAGGAUCAUAAGCACAAAAAUAGAGCGAUCAUAUUUAAAAUGUUUGGACAUUUUAAGACAUUUUACAAUGUAUGCUGCAAAAUCAGUCUCUGGGUAACAAGUGAGUAGCACAAAGAUGGACAUGUGAAUGGGUUAGGGUGGUGCAGUUAGGGGCUCAUGUAGAAUACUUUCUUUUUUGUUGGUUUUCCUAGUGAUGCGUUAUGCCAGGCAAGUUUCUGGAAUUGUUGGCAGUAUUCUAGCUACUAUAAUGCCAGAAUGAAACAUGAAGCGUACAGCAUACGACUUUCAGUACAUGUAGUGCCAUCUAACUGCAGCUGCAAUGCACUGCUGCUCAUGUGCAGUUAUAAAAAUUGCGGGUUUGUGUCGUGCGUCAUGUUUUGUCAACAAUGCUCAGCUUAUCAAUGGUUUGUGUGUGUUCUAGAGGAGUGCAGAAAGCUCCAGCUUUUGUGCGGUGUUGAUUGAUGCGUGCAAGUGGAAAGAAAGUACUUUUUGUUGUUGUUUAGAGGUAUGUGUCUGUUUGUUUAGUGCAGUGACAAGUGUUAUAUGAAAGCAUAUGUGUGCAGUGCUCUAGCAGUAUGCUCACACUCACAAAUUUUGGCAGCAGCAAAUAAUACGAGUGCGGAACAUGAACCUGGUGAACCUCCAACUUCACUGUGCAUGGGCAGCUGUUUUUCAUAGCUGUAGUUAGACAACACUGCAUGUAGCGAGAGCCACGUGCUCCACUGUUCGAAUUAAUUCUGGCCUGACAGUAUUCUACACGUGAAACGGUCAAGUUUAUUUCUGUAUGGAGCUGAGGCACAGAGUUCACACAUGUACAUGCAAUCAUAAUCCUCAAACCUUUCUCCUCUGUUCUACUGAUGUUUAAUUUUGGUAAUGCUCGAGCUCCAAAAAAAAAAAAAUGCUUAAAAUUAUUUUACAAACAUCAAUAUAUAUAUAUUUUUUUUUGUGCCUGAAUGUCAUGUUUUUCUUAAGUGCAAUGGUAGGUCUGGGGUAUAGGUAAACAAUUAUGGAAACGUAUCAGUUAUUGUAAGUUUACAACAGAAUUUGCCACAAUGGUAGUGUUAAGCUAUUAUCACCAAAAAAUGUAAUUUUUUAUCAGUUGAACAUGGUAGCGAGAUGGCAAUCAAAUUCUUGGUUCAAAAGUCAUAGCAGCAGUAAAUUGAUACAUCAGAUUUAAAUUUUGGCAAUUUUAUUAAAAAAUAUUUUGCAUUACUUAUUUGCAAAGUUCAGGUCAUUUGUGUUGAACACAGUUAAACAUUAUUCUGAUUUUUUGCUGUUGUGUGAUGAUGCUAGACGUUUAAACUGACACUUUUAAAGGCAUACUUUGAUUAAAUCUGCAAUCUUAGAUUACUCUUUUCGAAACUUUGAAGCAUUCAAGUUGCCUAUGAUAAACGGCGUGUGAUAUCUUAAGCUGCAUCAGUGAGCUCAAAGGUCAUGCUCUGCCAUGUGCUAUUCACCGUUUUGAGUCAAGGACGUGCACUGAGAUGGUGUCACUCUCACACAGAUAGCAGUGACAGAACACUGUGACAAAGUAGCAUCGUAAAGUAGUUGUUGUUCUUUGGGGGGUAAUAAAAGCCACUAAAAUUAGCCUAACUGCAUUUCCCUUCAUGUUGAAGUGCAGUGUAAUUAACUUAUGCUGACGGCAGUUUACCACUUAAAACUGGACAAGGUAGAUUCUGGGACCUGGUACUAUGUUCACACAGUGACAUUGUUAACCCUGCAUUAAGUUUAUGGAGUUUACUUGCCCACGAGAUUCCUGUUCUUGGUAAAAGUAACACUUAAGACACCUUGGAGCAUUGACCCAACAUUUUAGCUUCACUUAGUAAUUGCCUUUAGUGUCCCUUUAUCAAUAUAGGCAAAAAUGGAAAUGGAGUGCCAGUAAUGUUCAUUGCCCAACAUGUACGAGACAGUCUGGCAGCUCAAAAACUUAUGAUAGUGCAUGUAAUUUCUUUAAGCCAAGUUUUACUGCGAAAUAAGGUUUUACAGCAAUUUAUUAGGAGUGGAGGAGGAUAAGAAGUGUGAUAUUCUGUCGAUGCGAAAAAGGGUUCUCCGAGAGAAGAUUAACAAGUUAUAAUGAUGAUCAUAUUGUGUCCAGCAUUUUGCAGAGGCAAAGACAAGAAAAAUGUAAAAAAUGACUGAACAGGAAAAAGCAUCAGCGGAGACGGUCUUUCCUGUCCCAUUGUUUUUUUGCAUGUUUUCAUGUCUUUUCCAUCACAAUCGGUAUGAACCAAGCAACAAGUAAAAAUAUGUCCAGCAUAGUUAAGUACUUACAUGUGCUUUAUGCUGGUUUAUACAAUAGAUGUCAUGUUGCCUUUUUACCACAAGUGGAACAUGGGUGGUGGCUAUGUGACAGUAAACUUUUAGCUUAAAGGGAUAGGGAUGCUGAAAGGCUGCAAAGAAGUUAAUGUAAAUGUCCUUUGUUGAAGCUUUUAGUCUACCAACUUCUUUAUUCUGUGUGGUUUCAAGCAAUGAAGCAUUUAAAAAGUUUAAGCAAACAGCAUGUUUACAUUCCUGUCCCUACCCCACCCCCUUUUUUUUUCUCUCUCUCUUUUAAUCAAACACCAUUAGUAAUAUUGCCAUUUGCAUUCAGCUCACUGCUAAACAUGCAGGCCAUUCAGAACCAAUAGUUUUUUCUGGUCAUUGCUGUCGUAUGCAUGUCUUCUGUUCUUAAUACCAGUCGCCACAUGGGUCAAGGCAUGAAUGGGUGUUUUGAUGCUCUCCUUUGCUCAAGUGUAUGUUUAAAUUUUUGCAUGGUCUUAAUUAGGACUGCACAAUGAGUGGUGAAACGAAAAAUGGUAGGCAUAACAUUAAACAAUAGGAAGGCAGCAGUACGGAUUAGAGAGUAAACAUGUGUAGCUGAUACUCCAGUUCAGAUUGAGAGGAUGCAAGUUCGAUAGCCAGCUGCAGCAGCCGUAUUUCGACAGGAAUGGAAUGCAAAAACGCUCGUGUACUGCACAUUAGGUGCGUGUUAAAGAACCGAAUCCCAGGUGAUUCAAAAUAAAUAUGAGGCCCUCUGCUACGGCAUCCUUUAUAACCCACUGUGUAUUUUUGUGAUGUUAAACUCUGUAAUUAAUUGUUUUGCCUUCAUUUUUUAGAUUAAGAGGAAAGAAUGGAGUUCGACAGGUCAUGUGAUGCUGCUGAUGGUGGUGUACCAGAGUUGGAGAAUGCGAGCCAGUGGAAGGAGCACAGCUGAGGAAGGCAGAGGAUUAGGUGGUGUGUUGAGAUUAGGAAACUUGCAGGCAUAGGACGUGGGCAGUUAAAGCAAGACAGAGGUAAAUGGGUAAUAUAAUAAAGAGGGACUAUAUUAAAGGUGAUCUAUUAAACUUUGGAAUUGGAAAUGUGUUACUUCUGUUUUGAGAUGACUUAGUAAGCUAGAAAGAAUACAAAAGUUAGGUGCCAGCACUACUUUAACGUUUUCGUGUUUUCUCAACAAAGCAUCAUAUAUAUUUGGUAGUGUGCAUUCAGCAGUAUAUUGUUAUGAAUACAGAGUAAUCGCAUUCUUUUCAAAAGUGAGCGUAGACUGAAUUUGACAACUUUUGUAGACUUUUACUGCACAAAAAUGUCUCGGAUAUGUGAAAAUAUUGUCAAGUCUGAAAUGUCAGGCUAAUGUCAUUGGUCCCGGUGCCAUUGUUUGACCACAAAAUUUAUAGAGGGAUUCUUUGCCCUAAAUUUCUCAACUACAAUUUUUUUUUCUUGCAGAGGUGCACAUGGUUUUUUGAAAAAAUAAUCUACCACUCUGAAUUUAUUUGAGUGUUUCUCUAGUGUCCCUGUAAUAUGAUCACAGUGACUUGGAAGUGAUAAGACUGAACAACGUGUCAUUGAGCUACUCUGUUCAUACGUGCAGACAAAACGAGGAAUCUCAAAGAACAGAAGAUGGGAUGUAGCCUACAUCGCAUCCUCUUUCUUAUGUAUGUCUGUUUUAAGCCGGCAUUUUUUUUUUUUUCUGAAACUACAAUAGUUGAGCUCAAAGCCAGGAACUGUUGCACGUAAAACAUCAUUUAAUGUGUGUGCGGAGAAGAGAGAGCAUAAAGUUGCAGUGCUUGAUUUAGCUGUGUUGAACAAAUUUUAGACUUACUUUAAAGGGGCCCUGAACCACUUUUUGUCGAAGUGGAGAAAAACAUUUGAGGGGAAAAUAGGCUAUUUCAGAAAUACUGUGCCACAAAAAGUACUUCAAUGCGUUCAGCAGAAGCAGAGUUAUUGGCAAUCAAACACAGCCUCCGCAGUGCUCCCCCUCCCUUCUUCAAUGCCUUGCACUGCGAAGGCUACGCCGGUGUGGGGUGGGGCCACAACGCUUCACCUUCAAAACGUCACCAUGGCGCGCAGUUCAAAUUUCCGAUUUUGGUGUCUACGCCAUGCUAAACGUAAGCCAAACGUGCUUGUCCUCAGAGAACCGCAGUACGCUUAGGCAGUGGACUCAUGGCGGCACCCUGCGGCGGCCGCGGUGUAACCAGCCGCAGCGACGAAUAGCAGUCACGUAUUGGAAUGUGCUUUAUUGCAAGCACACAGAAAAGAGUGAAGAUCAUGGCUCUGUUGAAACGAGGGCGUUUGAGAGAAAGGUGACUUCGCGCUCCGCUUGCGAGCUUCACGCACCGCGUACAACAGCAAAACUUGGCUGAGAUGUUCACAGCAGCGUAUGCUACCCGCGGACUAUGUUAUUUCACCAAGCCCGAGGGGUGGUUCAGGGCCCCUUUAAGGGGAAUUGAGCCUCAGAAACCAAUUUUCCUUUUAGUUUCAUAUUGCUAGGGUUAUCAAACUUACGGUGACAAUAGAUUCUGUCUUGCUGUUUUCAAUGUUAUUUGUUUUAUGUAGCUUCUAUACCCUUUUUGCCUGGUACGUUUUCCAUGUAGUAGCCUUACGCAAUAAUUGCUGUGCAAUAGCUUAAUUUGCUCAUUUAUUAGAAUGCAAUUAAGAAGUUUUAAUGGGCCUAAAAGAAUGUUGCUCUAAAAAAGUUAUAAUUCUGAAUGCUUGUUUUUUGCACCCCUCUGUCAUAUAUAGAUAUAUAUGAGAGAGGGGUGUGAAAUACAAGCAUUCAGUAUAUUAAAAGUGUUAUUUAGUAUGAAAUACAAGCAUGGGAGGUAUAUUAAAGCACAUAUAGACCAGUGCAUUCUAUGUGCACUGAAGAUUAUGUAUGUAAAAUUUCAUCACAAUACUGCUAGUUUAAGUAUAUAAAAUGGUGCAUUCACAAUGUGCAAGCUAUCCAGUAUUGUUGGAACAUUGAGACAACAUAGACAAAUGCAUCUUUUCUGUUUCGUUAGAUUACAAUAUAUAGAAAAGCUACAUCUUGUAGUAGGCAAGUUUCGCUGAUUCUUUGAUAGAGCCUUAGGAGUAGGUGCCACUUGUGAAUGUAUAAAUGAAUAACACCCAAAUAUGACCAAAUCUGCAGCUCCUUGAGGCACAGUGAGCAAUUAAGUCUUUCACUGUGUUCUAAAACAUUUUCUUUUUAUUUUUUUUUUUGCAAGUAGAAGUAGACUGACCAAGCAUUAAAUUUCUAGCAAAAAAUAAAAAAACUUAUUGCAUAUUUUAGGAAAGUUUUUUAGCCACAUCUUGCAAACCCUCUCCUGCUUGGGCGGUAUUAGUAGCUAAAAUUUAUCAUUUCCCUUAUAAGAACACCCGUGAAACACAAAUAAAAUGUUUGUAUGAAAGACAUCAUAGCAGUGGGAUACCUGUCAGUUGUUACAGUGACGUACCGAUUGCAGUGUCAUAACAAAUUAACUUCAUUCACUUUUUAGGAUUUCUGAACAGAAAAAUGUACCAACUGUAAGAGAUCACCCAUAUGAUGAGCACAUCAAUUUCACAAGCACAGAACCCACUGCAUUUGACAAAGAUCGGUGAAAUGAUGCCUUAAAUUAGUAUUCAAUAAUAAACUGGUCGGGAAGGGCCUUUAAAUGACACCAACAUCAUGUUUGAUUAUAGUCUGUUGGAAGAGAAAAAGCAUGAUAAUUAUGAUUGUGAUUUUUUAUAGUUCUUUGUUUAUUGUGCAAGUAUUAUGGCACAUAUUAGUUGUAAGAACUGCAUUCUCAGAUCGAAAUGUGACAUGUCUGUGCAAUUAAAAAUUUUAUGUUGUCCUUGUUUAUAAAGUGAUCAAAAAGGCCCUGUAUUGUCUCUUUUGCCAUAAUAAUACAUGUAUAUUUCCUACAAAGCAGCUACCCAUUGUUGUUACCUUGGAUAAAAAUUUUUGUUUUGAAUUGCUGACUAGCAUAAUUGGAUACCAAUGCUUCAAAAAUGCAAAAAUGUGAGCUAACGAGGAUUCCCCAUAACUUGCCAUGCAAACAAAAAUGAACAAUAAUGUUACUUUAAUUUAUAUCCUUUGUUAUAAUCAUAAAAAGAGGCUUAAUGUUUUCAGGUAUAAAAUGGCCCUUCAGCACUUUUUGAAUGCAGUAAAUAAACCUGCCUAGUUUUUAGGUGGUGCUUUCAUGAACACCAGAGCAAAAUAUUCUUGUACUCACAGCAGGGAGCUUUCAGCUUUGUUCAAAAGACUCUCCUUCAGCUUCUUGUAAUCCCUUUAACCUUUCAUGUUUACUGUGAUGCACCUAUAAACAUAGUGGCUAUUGGCCAAAUUUCUUUUGACAUUAUGGCUAAGCUGUGCCUUCAGCAGAACAACAAAAAAAAGGGGGGGGGGGGGGGGGCGGGGGGGGGCAGAACUGUCUCGUAGUGGUGCUGCUGUUUGGUGGCUGAACAGAUACUGUGGUCUAUGGUAUCAAACAGUGUGGCAGAUUGGUGUUGGAGGUCAUGCUAAGGCUAAUUGAAGAGUGGAACAACAUGGGCAACUUAAUGUCAUUAUGGUGGCACAACUUUGAUCACAGUAGAAAUGAUGAAAAGAAGGGGAAGGCAUUGAAGGCAUGGCAUGUGGAACACUUGAUUGCAUAAACUUUACCCAUAUAUUGGAUACAUUGCGAAACAUUUUUUUUAGAUGAUUCUUGAGGUGAUGGCCCUUUAAUGCCUUUUAAUACCAAGCACAUUCUGUGCCUUUCUUAAAAGAUGUUGCAGGGCUUCUUUGAGGAACAGUUAAUAUUGAUGCGAAGGACUUUCGUAUUUGAGGAAGCUGGCGCUUCACGAGCGAAAAAAAACGGGCCUUUUUGUGCCUGCAAAUUUCGCAUUAGUAUGGGCAAGCUCAGUUUUGUUGUUUUCAUACAUUAUACACUUUUGACAUGCAUGUAGAAACUUGUUUGCAGCCUGCGGUAUGCCAUUAUCUCCCUCUCUGAAUGAGUCACUCAAAAGUUCACAUUUCAAGUUUAUGCUUUUUGUAGAGCUGUCACUUGCAUUCUACAGAGAAAGUGCUGAAACCAUUUUUUUUUUUUACACCUUCAUUGUGCUUGUCUAGUGCGAUGAACGCAAUACUUGCAAAGUGCUUGCAUAUAAUCUAGUUAUUAAAUAAUAAGUAAAAGUGUGCCAAAAUUUUUGUCCGGCACCGAUUGUGUGGUCUUCUUUAUUAAAUUUUACUGCUGUUGAACAUGUAGGAAAAUGCAUGUGAAAAAUAUGCUCCAGGCAAAGCGCAGGUUCUCCUCUCAUGUAUGCAGUGUUUUGGUGUUUUACGGUUGUGCAGCUAAGAGUAAUGAGAGCAGGCGUACUUGUGAUGAGUCCGCAUGAUGUAAUUAACUUGGUAACUUUGUGUAUCAUCAAAUAGACAUUGUUAUGUUGUCAAGCAGUUCUCUUUAAAAGCAUUCAGAACUGCUCUAUAUAAAGAUUGUGAAAAUUUUGAUUUAGCCAUACAUGCUCCUUGAGAUAAAGGUUGAAGGAGUUCAGGUUUUGACUGCCAUAUAUAUACUGGUAAGGUUAGCCACCUACAUAAAAAUUUGUUAUUUGUAAGUGACACUGAAUGCCGCUCAGUUCAUAGCAUUGAACAUCUUUUCAAAACCAUUUUUAACGUAACAUCUGGCCAAAGUUCUUGUUGCAGUGGUUUUGCAAAACGUGAAGAUAUUGUGAUUGUAAGAGUGUCAGAUUAAUCUGUUUAUCAGGUAGUGUAGGUAUAUUUAUUUUUUAGUUAUGCUCAUUAUUCUGAAGUAUAAGCAAUGUCAGAGUUACAAUGACUGUGACAUGUAACUGCUGUGCACACACACAGUUUCAAACAGCGUAGAGUUUAUGACAAUAAGUACAAAAUUAUAUUGCAGGGACUUGGGACCAGAAAAAUGCCUCAUUGGCUGAGAAGCACUAAAAAUAUAUAUAUAUGACAACUUGUAGGAUCUCGUGGGCAAACUUGCCUUUCUCUCUCGCGCUUUCUUCAUGUGGUGCUAACUUGUACGCUAGAACAUUUUGCGACUACUGGCCUAGCAUUUCUAGUGCCACAUGCACUGCAAGACGUCUCACUUGCGUGCCAGCCAAACCAAUCUUCCACCAUCUCUGGUCAAAAGUAAGACAAGAAAACAUUACAAAUAAAUGGUUAUGUAUUAAGAAUGAGGAAGGAGUUUAGGGGCAUUGACAUGGCUUAAUUAAUGGACAGGCCAUAAAGGGCAAUGUGGCACACUGUUACAUUUCAGAGGUGCAGCGACGAGGAUUUGUUCUCUUGUGAACUGCAUGUCACUUGUAAGGCUGUUAAUCAUUAUACAUCAGGUCCUUUGUGUGUGUGUGCAUACACACGCAUGUGCAAAUACACACACAUGCAUUCAUUGUUUCGUUUAUGGGCAAGAAAUGACAAAUGCAAAAGUGUUCAUGAUGCAAGACCUGAACAGAGUGCCAAUGUUAGUGUUAGUGGCACUUGCUUUCUUGACACAAUAGCAAUCUAGCUUCAUUUGUGUGUUCAGUAUUACAAUAAGCUAUUUCACAUUAAGUGAGCUCAACAUUUGGUUCUGCUACAACAAACCAAUUUGUUUUAUGUUUUGUGAUAUUUGACAUGGCAGACACUGCAGGACACAUUAGUUACACUGUUUGAAAUGUGUCUUGCCUCUUAGCUGUGCAAUUAAAAAUCAAAAUUUCUUGCUAUAAAGCACCUCAGCAAUUUUCACAGUGAAAUGUUGCUUCAUACCUUACCUGUUAUGUAACAGCCUGAGGCAGCUACGCAUUACCAUGGUAAUAAUAGUGUGUAUGUGUAAUGGACUGUACAUAAAAUUGUAUUUUAGUAUAAUGGUGAAUGGGGCACGUCCUACUGUGAUCAUAUAUUUAUGGUGUGGAUUAAUGCUGAAAACUGGCUUAUUCCAUGUGGUCUUUUAACUAACGUUGGAUGUUGUAAUUACAUGCUGCUUGUUACUUUUAAAAGGGAUGAAUAUUGACUCUGAAGAAUUGCAACAGUUCAGAUAGGUGAACAUAAAGUUCUUCUGAAUGUAAGAGCUAAAUUUCAAACUUGUUUAAUGUUGCUCAGGGAGGCUUGGCACAGUCCUCAAAUGGGGGUUGUCUGUUUUACUGACCGGUGAAAAAGAACACGCAUUCUGGAGUGAAAAAAUCUCAAACCCUAGAUAGAGGUAGCAUUGUGCUUGUGAAACUAAAUGUCGCAUGCAUUUCCCUCAGUUUCAGGCAGUUAAUUUUAAUGCAGUUUUCUAGAAGGCUGUGCAUGUUGUACAGUGGCAGCCUUGCUGGUAGACAUGUGGUUUAACUUCUAAUCUUUAAGUAGCAAGCAUAGUCGUUUAUGCAUUUAUAGUUCUCAUAUACCCAGUUUUCUUUUUUUUUUUUACAUGCAAUUUUUAUGAUCUGUCCACCUGUGCCUAUACAGCAUAUAUGUUAUGGUUCAAUUCACAUUAAUGUUAACCAUUUCAUUUUUUUUUCCUUUCUGUUAUACAUUGUUGGUAAACUGACACUUUAUCCACAUUAGAAGCAGUGUUGUUCUCUACUGGGACACUAGUGAGGAGGCAUUGUGCAAGAAUGUGGUGAAGAGCUGGCCUACAAUAGUGCAGCUUACGAUGUCAAGGUUAUAGAACGCUGGAAUUUAAUCAGUAUGAAUGAAAAUUUGUACGUCAUUGUUUUGUGUGCUCAUGAAAAUGUUUUACACACAUUGCUGCAAUACAAAACUUCCAUGUGAAUCAAGCUGCAUUAUGUAUUGUGCAAUAGGGCCAGUUUAAGAUCUGCCAUGAUGCAGUAGUUUUAAUAAAGAAUAAUUCUUA